AAUCUUCAAGUCUUCAUCCGAUGUCUCAAUUAUAAAAUUCUCUCUCUCUCUCUCCUCGUAUCUCUCUUUUUCCGAUCGUUCUCACCGGAGCUCUGGUUAUCGCCGUGAUCUCUCUGCUUUCUCUUCUGGCUGUGAAACUCAAAUUUUCUCUCAAUGGCAAGUAAUGAGGAGGUCGAAGAGACAGCUCCUCGUGGAAAUGAGUGGGAGGUUGUAUCCCUUACAGCAUCAGCAUAUGCUGCUGCUCCUGGUAAACAGGCUGAUUUGAAUGACGAGCAUAAGAGUAGUGCAGAGUAUGAAGCUGAAACUUCUGAUGCCAUGUUUAUGUCUGGUCACUUUGUCUUUCCACCAAGUCAGCAUGAAAAUUUGCCAUUGGAACCAGAGAACAAUCAGAUCCAGACUGAACAGGUUGUUAAAAAUGAGAAAUUUGUAACUGAGGGAGACCGUACAGCAGGUAUGAAGUUUGAAGAGAAUAUGAACGUUAAAGGAUUUGGCUCGUCAGCAUUUCCUGGGAUUCAGAUCUUUGAUGAAAAUGGAAACAUCUUACCCAUUAGUGAUGCGGAGUUCAAAGAAGAUACAGCAGCAAAAGAAUCAAUUAAACACAGCACUGCAAUGCCUAGUUCCUUGCAUAGUGAAGAACACAUGGCUGGAUCAACCAUUGUUGAGGAAAACAUUGCAAGUAAUUGUCCAUUAGAACCUUUUGAGCAAGGAUCAAAUUCAGGUGUCUCAAAUAAGAAUAAGCGUGAUGAUAACCUUCCUUGUCAAGCUUGGUGGAAAAGGCAAGCUGCCUCUCUUGUUGCACAUGCUAAAGAGGCAAAUACAUUUUGGUCAAUCUUUGUUGCUGCUGCUGUAAUGGGACUUGUGAUUCUUGGUCAGCGGUGGCAACACGAGAGGUGGCAAAUCUUGCAACUGAAGUGGCAGCAUGGGCUCCAUGAUGAGAGGAUUGGCAGGAUGCUUGGUCCCUUGUCGCGACUUAAAGACAUUAUUGUUGGCGGUGACCGCAGGGGUUCCUUCCUCAAAGGGAGCAGCACUUCAUCACAACAUUAAAGGCAGGAGGGCUAGAGCAGCCAAGGCAGGGAAGUGAAUGUGAUGUGCAAGUUUGUUUGAGUGGCUCUAAUUUAUGUUCUACUUCUAAUGAGUAGACAACUCCUGUAAAUACUUGCCUUGAUAUUACUCUACAAUCAUAUUGAUGAAUUUUACGAUUAUUUUCUCUGAUGGAUUGCCAUUGUCACUUCAGGGAUAAAAUCUCACAGUAUUUUUUAUGUUUAUUAUUAAUUCCAUCUUGUCAAAAAUCAAAAUUUUGACAAGCUGAAAUACCAAUUUGUCCAAUGAUAGUUUUCA